UGUUACGAUAAAUUCUAAAUUGAUAUCAACGGGUAAAACAGAAUAUGAGGUUACAGAUUUUAGUUUUCGUUCAGGCUACUGUUCGUUUUGUUCAUCUCCAAAUUACUUGUGAGUUGUCAUUGACUACUAUCUCGAUAAGACGUUUAAAUUUUAAAUUUUUUCAUUCACGCAGUCACAAGGUUUUUAUCUUUUCCAAUCUAUAAAAAGCUCAAGCGAAAAGUAGACAAUUCGGCGACAUUUGGGAGACAGAGAGACAAAAAGUGGGAAACCUGCGUUAUUUUCCCGGACGGGCUAAAAAAGCAGACACUUUUGCGCGUUUCCCCAUUAUUUUCCAUAUGUUCGCCUUUAUUUCCCCUUAAUUGGUUGUUUGGGACAUUUCAUAUCAACUUAAAAAGUGAGAUUCAUGAAUUUAUAUCCGAAAACGCUCUCCAUUUUGUUGUUGCCUUUAAAUUUCAGAUGUUCUCUCCCGCGACUUACGUGUCUUACCUAACCAGGAUUUCCUCUUACACCAUCCCGUUACAAAGUUCCUGCAAGUUGAUAAUCUUGAAGGAAGUAUGGUUGUAUUAUCUCAUAACACGACUUCUUAUCCACGCAACUUCUCGUGUGAGCUUGUUGUGCAUUCACCGGUUGAGAGUGUCAGAAUUAUGAUGAAAAUUGAGGAAUUUUAUGUCCCCUCUAAGACUCCCAAUUGUGUUUAGAAUUACUUAUAUGUAUUCGAUUCUAAUACAGCAACGUCCAAGGCUAUGAAAGAAGCUGGUGGAGAACGUGGUUUAUGUGGACCGAAUUAUCCGAAGUAUCUUAUAUUUACGACAAAGUCCUACAUAUGUUUAGCUUUCCAUACCUCAUUUCAACGACCUCCCAUUUUACCCGGUGUGAAACCUGGAUUUCGAGUUAUUCUUACUGCAAUUCAAGAAACUCGAAAUAGUAGUUGUCCAUCAAGCAACUUUUACUGCGGUGCAGUUCCUCGUUUCAUGGGGGCAAAUUCUAUGAUAACAUCAACUUCACUUAGUGCAGAUAGCCGGUUGUCUGGACCAUUCUCAUCUCUUCCUCAAUAUAUCCGUAGUUUAGAUGACGACAAAUUUCCACCUAAUCAUGAUAAACAAUAUGUGGAAUAUUGUAUUACAAAGAAGAGUUUAUGCGAUGGUAUUAUGAACUGUGAAAAUAGGAAAGAUGAAGAUAUUUCUCAUUGUAAAGCUUUUAUUGAUAAAGAUAUGGAAGAUUCAAACAGUCCACUACUUGCUAAUGGUGAUUUGAUUGAUGUUAAUAGCUGGUUAUCAGGUUUAUUGUCACUUCGUAUGCCGGCGUCUAUUGCUUUAGCUGUCAGUACAAUUGUUAUUCUUAUAUUGGGUAUUGGAGUUGUGAUAUGUUGUUGUCAUCGUUGUUGUCUAAUGAAUCAAACAUAUAAUAAUCAGUAUUCAAAUAAUAGACUUGCGUUUAGAAAUGGUGGAAUUUUUUUAGAUACUCUUAGUCGUCCUAUAACUGCAGCAAAUAAUAAUUAUGGUUAUUCUAGAUCACAGCAUCUAGGUGUAGUGUCCGUCAAUGCUGGUGCACAGUCACAGUUAUCAGAUCGUAUAGAUUUGAUAUCUCAUAUAGACGGUGAUCAACAGAAGAUUGCUAGGAAUUGGCAACAGAGUGCUUCCUUUCCUUCAGACAUAUUGAUGACAAGGGAGGGAAGCUUUUCACGACGUAACUGUAAUGCACCUAACCAACAUCACCAAACGUUCAAUCAGUAUUUGACAUCAUCCCAAAAUAUGACUACAGAAAAAGAAUCCCGAUUACACUGUUGUACCAAAACUCCUUUGAAGCUACCACUGUUAGAUAGGUAUUAUCGUUUGUUAAAUCCUCCCAAUGAAACUAUGCGAUCCCAGUAUUUUGUUUCUGUUGGUCAUCAUGGUAGUGACUCCUAUUCAAUAACUAAUAACGAUUCGGCCAGAGUAUAUGAUCUUCAAAAUGGUCAAUUAGGGCCUCCUUCUGCUCUAAUUCACGGGGCCCUAGGCAGUCCAUGCACUUACGGAAGAGAUCCAUUGUAUUAUACACUACCACCCUAUGGGGCAUUUAAUGUCCCCCCUGCGAGCAUUGUAACAGCAAGUAGCAGUCGAACUGGGACAACUGGCGGUGGUCCACGUGAAUCUGUAAAGUCAGGACGUGAUCAAUCAGUUCCUACAAUGUGUUAUAACACUUCAGGGAAUGGAAGUGGUAUCGGAAUAUGUAAUCAACAGUUAAAUGGAGUACAGUCAGUAUUACAUACUAAUACGCCUAUAGAAUCUAUAUCACAUGGCGGUGACCUUAGCUUGAAUGGCGGUAUCCUUUAUUUGGGUAACAUGUACAGACCUUUAUCUUCACAAAAUUCCAGUUUAUUUCAAGUAGAGAAUCUUGGUCGUAGUUCAGUUACUACUACUACUACUACCGGUAGCGGUAGUUCAUGUGAUCGAAAAUCUCAUCACUAUUUUUUUUAGAGAAAUAAAGUCUCAUCAUGACGACACUCAAGCAUAUCUACAGAGAAAUCCUCAUCAACAGUCUACUUAUGAUUUAUUUAAGAAACGUUCUAGACGUUCAAAAACAUCCUCUCGUCUUCAACAUCACCAUCAUCUAAAACAUAAGUCAAUUGAUCCUAAUCAUACUAUUUCGAUUGGUUCACAUACACCAGAUAGUUCACGUUCUGGUGCUUUGCUUAAUUUACCCCAAUUAACUUGUGCUGCUCACGGACAACCUUUUAGUCGAUUUCUAAUAUCUGCUGUAACAACUAUUUCUAGUGAUACUGGACCAUCAAACCACCAACCUAUAGUAUUCCCUGUACAGUUGUAAACGUGUGUACAGCCAUUGAAAACCAAGUCAGUAAUGCUUCAGGAUGUUUAUUUUGAAUUUUCUUCUUUAAAGUACUAGAUAUCCGUUUCAGUUAUUACCUAAACACAAAUAAAUUGUGGGUAAUUUUAUUUCUUGUUGUCUUUCGUUGUUGUUUAUUUGUUUGGUCAAUCGUAAAAUUGUUAGUCAUGUUGUUUUCUUUUUGAUUCCAAUGUUGGUAUUUUUUCCUAAUUAUGUGUAGUUGUGAUUUCGUUGCAUUUCACCUACUUCCUUGACAUUAUUGUGUUUUUUUAUAUAUCUCGCUCCUUUUUUGUUGUGAAUUAGUUGUAGUAAGGCUCACGUAAUGCUGUCUGUAUAUACACAGAGUUGGUUUAAGUUGUAAACAAUUUAUCUAAAAUGUAUGAAAUCUCGGUUUUAAUUAUUUUUUUAAACUUCAACUACAAACAGGGUUUUUUCUAUGUUGUUUUACUAUUUUACAUGACAAACUAAUCGUAUUAUGUGGAUUCUCAUUACCUACUUUUUUCCCUUGCUCAUAAGAUGUGGAUGUGUAAUAUAAAAUAACUUUUCAACUGUUUAAUUUUCUUUUUUGUCAUUUAAAAUAAUUGUGUUGAUAUUUUCGUUAUCUCUGAAGAUGUUGUUUUUCUGGAGAUCCAUUCUUUAGCCUAUUCAUAUAAAUAUUCGAGUACCAAUUAAUCGAUCAUCAGCUCAGAACCCACUCUUCUCAGAGCGCUCCGUUAAUCUAGUCAUUCUCUCUCACACGCAACAGGUUUCUAUUUAUUCCCUCUUAUAAUUGCUAAUUUACCUUAUAAUUAUUGUUAAUAUUAUCAGUCUUUCAUAGUGAAAUCUGAUCAGUAUUAUGUAUUUAUAUAUGUAAUUUCAAUAAAGAUCGACAUAUGUAUAAAUAUUUUCUACAAUCCAUGAGAACCAUCAAUUUUAACAUUAGGUUACAUUAACAUUUGUAAUUGUACAUGUAUUUUAUUCCCACACAAGUACUAUUCUAUACAACUUGUUGGGUUUUUUUCAGGAUAUUUAUUUAGUAUUUUCGCAUUUAUAUGCCAUGUUUACGGUUUUGUUGAUUGUGUUGCUACUUUUAUUUGAUCAGUAAUAAAUUUUCUUUUUGAAGAUAAGUAUAUAAGGACAAUCCU